GAUUGGACUUGGUUACUAUUACUAAUCCAAAGAAUAUGAAUCCAACCGAAAAAGUACAUGUCGUUGUGAUAUUAGGAAGAGUGCACGGAUCCGAGACGCCCAGUUCCUAUGUCUGUCAAGGGAUCAUUGAAUUUUUGAUUAGCAACCAUCCAGCCGUGGUACGUCUUCGAAAAAAAGUCGUCUUUCAACUAAUACCGAUGAUGAACCCCGAUGGAGUCACUUUAGGAAAUUCUAGGACCAAUUUGCUGGGAAUCGACUUGAACAGAGCUUGGCACAAGAUAUCACAAUGGGUCCAUCCGAUAUUGUACGCUGUCCACAAUCACUUAUUAGAAAUCGAAAAGCACGAGAACAUGGAACUCGAUUUGGUAAUCGACAUGCACGCUCAUUCUUCUCUUCACGGUGUGUUUACUUACGGGAACGCAUACGACGACGUGUACAGGUUAGAUGGGGUCUUCUCUAAAUUAAAUUACAUGCCCCGCAGGCCAUAAGCUGUUUUAAAAACUUUCAUCGUGAAUAUAAACUUUCGUGACAGUGGGUAAACCCGUAUAGUUGAAGUUUUAAAUUUAUACAGGGUGCAUUUUUAAUGAAUCCCCGAGACAACAAAGUUCGUCGAGCGUUCUUUGCGCUCAAAGGCAAAACCGUAUACCUAGAUAUACAGAGCGAAUUUCGUUUUGUGUCCAUAUAAUGUGAUACCGACCCCAUGGAAGUGUAUAAGGCGACGGUAUGUAUUGUUAUACAUUACCCCUAACGCGAUAAUUCCACCUGAAAAUCUCGUUGAAUCCAAAAACCAUUACAAGCUUCAGAUAAAAUACAGGACAAACCCGCACACUUUUAGUUUGUUAAAAACCUACACUUCC